AAGUUGAAACUGACUUCUUUUAUGAAAUACCAAAAAUCUUAUCUAAAGUGUAUUCUUUGAUUUCUUCAAGGACCAAUUGUUACCAAUGGCAACUCAGCUAUUACUAUGGCUCCAUGCAUUUCUCUUGAUUAUUUCAUUAUUGCCUUGUGCUGCAACCCUUCAUAAGAAAUCAAAUGCUGGAACCACUAAAUAUGAAGAUCGAGAAGUUGUGGCAAACCAUGGCGUUGUUGCUGCUGAUGAUGGUAGAUGUUCAGUAAUUGGGAUGAAUGUUCUUCGUGAAGGAGGCCAUGCUGUUGAUGCAGCAGUAGCUACUGCUCUUUGCUUAGGAGUUGUGAGCCCUGCAUCUAGUGGAAUCGGCGGAGGAGCCUUUAUGCUCAUCAGACUUGCCAAUGGAACAGCACAAGCCUUUGACAUGAGAGAAACUGCACCUAUGCAAGCUUCCCAGGAUAUGUAUGCUGGUAAUGCUACUAAAAAAGAUUCGGGUGCCCUCUCCAUAGCUGUUCCUGGAGAACUUGCAGGACUUCACGAAGCCUGGAAACAACAUGGAAGGCUUACUUGGGAAAGGCUUGUAAGGCCAGCUGAGAAGCUUGCUCGCAGUGGGUUCAGGAUUUCGCCAUACCUCUACAGCCAGAUGGUUAGAUCAGAAUCAGGGAUUUUAGUCGAUAAGGGGCUUCGUGACAUAUUUACAUCAAAUGGUAAACUCUUGCAGCCUAAUGAUAUCUGUUACAACAAGAAACUAGCAGAGGCACUCAGGAUAAUUGCAAUAAAUGGAGCGGAGGCCUUCUAUAAUGGGUCAGUAGGAUCUAAUUUGGUACGAGAUAUUCAAGAGGCUGGAGGCAUAAUAACAAGAGAGGAUUUGCAGAUGUAUCAGGUUAAAAUUAGAAAGCCAAUCUCUGCCAACAUUCUAGGUCUUAAAAUAAUUGGAAUGCCUCCCCCUUCUUCUGGUGCAGCUUCAAUGACGCUUAUUUUAAACAUACUUGCUGAAUUCGGAGUUCCAGAAGGCAUUUCUGGCCCCCUAGGGAUCCAUCGUCAAAUCGAAGCAUUAAAGCACGCAUUUGCUGUGAGAAUGAAUCUGGGUGAUCCCGAUUUUGUUAAUAUUACUGAAGCACUAUCCGAUAUGCUUUCUCCUGGCUUUGCCCAUCAGCUGAAGAAAACCAUAUACGACAACAUGACCUUUGAUCCUGGUUAUUAUGGUGGAAGGUGGAACCAGAUUAAUGAUCAUGGCACAAGUCAUGUAUCCAUUGUUGAUAAUGAGCGAAAUGUUGUUUCUAUGACCAGCACUGUGAACUCAUACUUUGGUGCACAAAUAUUGUCCCCAAGUACAGGGAUAGUCUUGAACAAUGAAAUGGAUGAUUUCUCCAUGCCUAUGAAUGAAACUGCAAAUGGUACACCUCCAGCACCUGCCAAUUUUAUUAGCCCUGGAAAGCGGCCGCUUUCAUCCAUGACGCCUACAGUUGUGUUGAAGGAUGAGCAACUGAAAGCUGUGGUAGGUGCCAGUGGGGGAGGCAUGAUUAUUGCUGGAACUACAGAGGUGUUUCUAAAUCAUUUUGCCAGGAGAAUGGAUCCACUUUCUUCUGUUCUGGCUCCAAGGAUCUAUCAUCAGCUGAUACCCAACAUUGUACAAUAUGAGAAUUGGACAACAGUGUAUAAUGACCACUUCGAAAUUCCUGCUGAUACAAGGGCAUUCCUUCAAAAGAGGGGACAUGUCCUUGAAAGCCGAGCUGGUGGGACCAUUUGCCAAUUCAUUGUGCAAGACUUGGAGGCUUUUAGAGGAAAUAAAUCUAUUGGAAAACUUGUGGGAAUUAGUGAUCCAAGAAAAGGAGGAUACCCUGCUGGUUUUUGAAACUUCAUUAAAAUUGUAUAGCUUGUACAUUGUGCUUUUUGACUUGAGAGAGUGGUACUGUUAAGUGUUUUUUUCAAGACCAACAUGUUACAUUUGAAGUCCAAAACCACCAAAAUUGGAACACAGAACUUGGGAAAAUAUAGCAGCAGAGAACCAUUCUAAUGCCUGUAGGCCUAUGUAAACAGUAACAUGCAUACACCCACAGACUAAGUAGCUUGUUAUGCUAAAAUUGAAGUGUUGUUGUAUGUGAUCAUAUGGUAAGGAUGUAGAGGGGUUUUAAUUUUAUUUUUUCAGUUUAUAUUUUCAAGAUUGAUUUCAAUGUUGUAAUUAUGAUUUCUUUUUUCAUUAAUCAAGUUUUUUUUGGCC